UGGCCUGGAAUGAUAAUGAAACCAAUAAUAAUUCUGGAGGUUGGACGACCGAGAAUGCAACAGAGAAUGCUAAAGACAAUUGGGUAGCUGAUAAUACUAUGGAUAAUCAUGGAGUAAGUCGAGAAUCCGAUAAAUCCACAGAUAAUUCAAAGCAUGUACGCGAAUCCAACACUGUUAAAGAAAUUAAUAACAUCCGGGACACUGAUACCUCCAAAGAUAAUUGGAGUAUUGAAAAUAAUUGGACUCCAGAUACUCAUAAGGAAAAUUUGGGAUCUGAAGCUUCCAAAAAUGGUAAGAAUAUAAGGGAGGCACAAAAAUCACCAAAUCCUGGCGCACCCAGGUCUAUUACGGCAGUAAAAUCCCCUGUACCUCACAAAUCUCGGACAAUUCCUGCGCAGCCCAAAACAUCCUGGGCUCAAAUUGUGAAGCCUGAGCUGAAACCGGAUCCAAAGAUUGAACCAGUCUCUCCACCUAUACACAAGAGUUCACCAGAAAUCGUAAAAGCAGUAUCUCCACAGAUAUCGAAAUCUCCCUCAAUUCCCGUACAGUCUUCACCCACAUCAAAGAUAACAGAACCAAUAAGCGUUCCGUCUCCAGAAACUGUACCACCCGUUAUAACUGUUGUUAAAACAGAAGAAGUCAAGGAAUCAAUAAAGGAAAUUCCAUCACCGGAACCGUCGUCAACAACUCCAGUGGUUUCUUCACCAGUUGUUAACGCUUCACCGC